CAAACACGUGAGGGGUGAAAUCAUAGAGGACGUUGUCCAACUAAUUUGAACUGUCGCCCACGUGCGAUUUCCAAGGCAAUCAUCUGAAUAGACUGCAGCUGAGUGCAGUACCUAUCUUACCAUCCGUGGAUAAUGGGUGUCUCUGAGAUUAUCAGCUCUCUUCAGGCAAACCCAUACUUUGGUGCUGGGGCAGGGUUGUUUGGUGUAGGGGCUGCUGCUGCUAUCCUGCGCAAAGGCAGUCAGUAUGGGAUGAUCUUGUUCCGGCGGCACUGCAUGAUUACAUUGGAGGUGCCAAGUAAAGACAAGAGUUAUCUGUGGCUGUUACAGUGGAUCUCUACGAAGGGCACACGCACCCAGCAUCUCAGCGUGGAGACCAGCUUCCACCAAACAGAGGCAGGACGAAUCAACACCCAGUUUGACUUUGUGCCCAGCCCAGGUAGUCAUUUCUUCAGGUAUAAAAACACAUGGAUUCGUGUAGAAAGGACUCGCGAGAAGCAAAUGUUGGAUUUACAUUCUGGUAUUCCCUGGGAGACUGUUACACUUACUGCUAUGGGGCAAAACCGUGCCAUCUAUUUUGAUAUUCUAGAAGAGGCACGGCAUUUAGCAUUACAGAAGCGUGAGGGAAGGACUAUAAUGUAUACAGCCAUUGGCCCAGAAUGGCGUCAGCAGGGUUAUCCCCGCAGGAAACGACCAAUCACAUCUGUGGUAUUAGACCAAGGAAUAUCUGAGAGGAUUCUGACAGAUAUUCGUGAGUUUAUUAACAGUCCCAAGUGGUACAUGGAGCGUGGCAUCCCUUACAGGAGAGGGUAUUUACUCUAUGGGCCUCCAGGCUGUGGCAAAAGUAGCUACAUCACAGCCCUCUCAGGUGAACUGGACUAUAGUAUUUGUGUGCUCAACCUGAGUGAGCGAGGACUUUCUGAUGACAGACUAAACCACUUAUUGACUUCCGCCCCAGAACAAAGUAUUAUUUUGUUAGAGGACAUUGAUGCAGCCUUCAUAAGCAGAGAUCUGGCAGCAGAAAACCCAGUAGCCUAUCAGGGAAUGGGCAGACUGACGUUUAGUGGUCUCCUCAAUGCACUGGAUGGUGUUGCUUCUGCAGAGGGUAGAAUAGUCUUCUUGACGACCAACUACCUGGAGAGGCUAGAUGCUGCUCUCAUCCGACCAGGUCGUGUGGACGUGAAGGAGAAAAUCACCUAUGUAUCUCCGUACCAGUUGGAACAGCUGUUCAUGAGAUUUUAUCCUGACGAAUCUGCGAAGAGGGCAUCAGAGUUUUCCCGUGCUGUCACAUCUGCAGGCGCAGCAGUGAGCGCUGCGCAAGUUCAAGGCUUCUUCAUGUUAUAUAAAACUGAUCCUGACGCCAUGUUAGCAGAUGUACACAGGAUCUCUAAAGUGUGA